GUCAAUGUCAUUAUGUUUGCCUUUUUGACUCGCUUGCUUAGCUGGCUCACGUUUUAAUUUAUUUUAUUUAGCUGCAAAACAUCACUUCACUUGUAAUUUAAGUCAAAUUCUAAAUACCUUUAUAUCGUUUCAAAAUGCAGGGUCCUGCCAUUUUUAUGGAUAUAUCGCUCGAAGAUCAAGCACAAGAACUCAGAAAGUAUUUUAAAAGUCUUGGCGCAGAAAUAUCCGAGGAAAAGUCACCAAAGGGAAUCGAAGAUGAUUUACAUAAAAUAGUUGGCGUGUGCGAUGUUUGCUUGAAAGAAACUAAUGAAUCUGACAUCGAAGCCAUCCUCAACAGUAUUGUUUCUAUAAUGGUUUCCAUACCAUUGGAAAGAGGUGAGAACCUAAUAGUGGCAUUCAGUCAAAGGCUUGGCAAAUCACCGGGACCCAAAGUUGGAUUGAUAGCUCUACAGUCUCUAUGGAGGUUAUAUAACAACUUGGAGGCCAAUUCACCUUUGAGAUACCAUGUAUACUACCAUGUGAUAGAGCUUGCUGCGCGUGUUGGUGCUGUCAAGGAUGUGUUCUCCGGUGUAGAGCAGCUGAAGAAGGAGUUCUCAAGCUGUCCUCCCUCUAAUGAACAGAUGCAAAAGUUGUACAGAUUGCUGCAUCAAGUUUUAAAAGAUCAAAACAGUGAAUUAGCUUCAAAAGUGAUGAUAGAGUUACUUGGCACAUAUACAGAUGAGAAUGCAUCCUACGCCAGAGAAGAUGCUAUCAAGUGCAUAGUCACCGCACUAGCUGAUCCCAACACAUUCCUGCUGGACCCAUUGCUGUCGUUGAAACCUGUUCGGUUCUUAGAAGGGGAACUCAUAUAUGAUUUACUCACCAUCUUUGUGUCAGAGAAACUCUCGAGUUAUCUUAAGUUUUAUGAGAAUCAUAAGGAAUUUGUGCAGUCACAAGGGCUUAACCAUGAGCAGAAUGUGAAGAAGAUGAGAAUAUUAUCAUUCAUGCAGAUGGCGGAGACCAAUCCAGAAAUAGCCUUUGACGAUAUGAUCUCUGAGCUGCAAAUUGAAGAACAGAAUGUCGAAGCUUUUGUUAUUGAAGUGUUGAAGACGAAACUGGUGCGCGCGCGCAUGGACCAGGCGGGGCGCUCGGUGCGCGUGACGAGCACGAUGCACCGCACGUUCGGGCCGGCGCAGUGGCAGCAGCUGCGCAGCGUGCUGCUGGCGUGGCGCGCCAAUGUGCACCAGGCACACGAGUCUAUGAAGUCAGUCGCUGCCGCACAGCUCGAGUACACCGCGCAGCAACAGAAACCAUAAAUCAGUUUAAUAAAAUUUUUACACUA